UGUAGAUUUGAAGGCCAGGUGAGGCUUGGUAGAUGUGGCACCUGGACUUUGUCAGUCUCUAAGAGGGGAGAAGGCACUCCCCAGCAGGCCCCUGGAGGCACGCUGAAGGACGGUGGAGAGGCCGCGGAGCAGGAAAUUAAAAUAACUACGUAACAGCCUCAAGACCCAAGCGGGAAAACACAAAGGGUCAGAGAUGGAACCUUGGGUUCCCCAGUGGCCAUCUCAGCCACAAGGGAGGCCCACAGCACCAUCGAAGGAUGCAAACAGAGGGCUCCAGAGUGGACAUUAUAGACCACGCCCUCACCCUCAGUACAGUGUAGAGAAGUACCACCAAUGGCAAGAUGCCUACAGGAACUCAAAGCCACAGCAGGACCCCAGGGCUGACCAGCAACAACCCCGCUAUGUACCCAGGCCUGGGGAGUGGUCUCAGCCUGUGUCUGGAGAUGACUACUUGAAAGGAUCUUAUUCUAGUCAGGUGUACUCAAGGCCAGGCUACGAGGACCCCUAUCGGAGGUACCACACUCCCACACCGAGGGAUGAGUAUGCCUAUGGAAAUUACUACUACCAUGGGCACCCACAGCUCCUACAAGAGGAAAGAGCGGCAAGGCGAGGGAGUCCUUACACCUGGCACGAAGAUUAUGGAGAGCAGAAGCACUUCAGUGAGCAUCAUCGUGAAAAGCAUGAUAGUUCGUUUGGAACAAAUAGUGAGACCCGGUAAGUAUACACCAGUAAGAAUCCAUACAAAGAUGGCCUUACUUCUGUCGCUGCUGGACAGGAGCAGCCCGGGGAGUUCUUUCCAGAGAGCGAGGCCCACAUGCAAAAGCCACCGCUGACCAGCAGAUCCAGCCUUCUCCAACAUCAUGAGUCUGGCCUUAGCUCUAGCAGCUACGAGCUCAGCCAGUACAUGGCAGACGUCCCUGAUCCGCAUGAAACUUGGAGGCCUAUUCAGCCUGAUGACGCCUCAGAAACCGUUCCCAAGGCACCUAUGAGGUUUUAUGUUCCCCAUGUGUCUGUGAGUUUUGGGCCAGGAGGCCAGCUAGUAUGUGUGUCCCCCAACUCUCCUGCUGAUGGACAAACAGCCCUUGUUGAAGUGCACAGUAUGGAGGUUAUACUUAAUGAUUCCGAGGAUCAAGAGGAGAUGAGAAGUUUCCCAGGACCCCUCAUCAGGGAGGACAUACACAAAGUGGAUGUCAUGACAUUUUGCCAGAAGAAAGCAGCUCAGUGUCUCAAAUCCGAGACACCAGGGAGCAGGGACUCCGCUCUCCUUUGGCAUCUGCUGGUUCUCCUUUGUCGACAGAACGGGUCCAUGGUGGGCUCUGACAUCGCUGAGCUGCUGAUGCAGGACUGCAAGAAGCUGGAGAAGUACAGGAGGCAGCCCCCGGUGGCCAACCUCAUCAACCUGACUGACGAGCACUGGCCGGUGCAGAGCUCCGGGACUCGCAACCUGCUCACUGGGGAGAUUCCCCCUAGUGUGGAGACGCCCGCACAGAUCGUGGAGAAAUUCACCAAGCUGCUCUACUACGGAAGGAAGAAGGAGGCCUUGGAAUGGGCUAUGAAAAACCACUUGUGGGGCCACGCUUUGUUCCUAGCCAGUAAGAUGGACCCUAGGACCUACAACUGGGUCAUGAGUGGCUUCACCAGUACCCUGGCACUCAACGACCCGCUGCAGACCCUUUUCCAGCUGAUGUCGGGAAGAGUUCCACAGGCAGCCACGUGUUGUGGAGACAAACAGUGGGGAGACUGGCGACCCCACUUGGCCGUGAUCCUGUCAAAUCAGGCUGGAGACACAGAGUUGUACCAGCGAGCGAUUGUCAGCACGGGGGAUACCCUGGCAGCGAAAGGGCUUGUAGAGGCAGCUCACUUCUGUUAUCUCAUGGCUCAUGUGCCCUUUGGCCACUACACGGUGAAGACAGACCAUCUGGCCUUGGUGGGCAGUGACCACAGUCAAGCGUUUUUGAAAUUUGCAACAAUCGAGGCUAUCCAGAGGACGGAGAUCUUCGAGUACUGCCAGAUGCUGGGCCGCCCCAAAUCCUUCAUUCCUUCCUUCCAGGUGUAUAAGCUCCUUUACGCCUCCCGCCUGGCAGAUUAUGGUCUGGCAUCCCAGGCCUUGCAUUACUGUGAAGCCAUCGGUGCGGCUGUCCUGAGCCAGGGAAGAAGCAGUCAUCCUGUGCUCUUAGCAGAGCUCAUCAAGCUUGCAGAGAGGCUGAAGCUAUCAGAUCCUCUGAUUUUAGAAAGACGCUGUGGGGACCAGGACCUGGAACCAGCCUGGCUAGCGGAACUGCGGAGCAAGCACAAGGAACUGGAGCAGACUAGAACAGGAGGCCUCAGAGACCCCAAUUCUACUUCUUCAGGUACGUAUGGAGCCAGAGGAACACCAGGCACCCCCUCCCAAGAUCUUUCAGGACAUCAAAGCUACUCAGAGGACCCUGGGUACAGCUCAUCCCUGUGGCCAACACCUGAGCAGUCAGGCCUGCCCCAGCCCAUCCCACAGCAGCCUUUCUCCCUGCAGAGAGAUACCUACUCAGAGAGAGAAGGCUCAGGGCACAUGGGCGCUCCAGUACCUCUCUACUCAGUUCCUGCAACCCACUUGUCAGUGACUAGCGGUGGCAGUGGAGGCAGCAGCAGCAGUGUGGCAGUGACAGGGGCUCCUGGAGAGGAAAUGCUGCGGAUCCAUCCUGCCCUUGGAGAGAACACAGCCCCUCAAGAACCCCUACAAGAUCCAGAUGGUCUAGAAGUUAUUUCCAGUCCUCAGGCACCACUGGCCCCCAGGGCUCGGAGGUUUUCUGAGAGUUCCGUCAUUUCAGACAAGGAGGACAAGGAGGGGUUUUCUGACAGAGCAGACAACCCAUCUCACCAAGAUGCUUCGCAGAGAGGAAAGCCGGGGGAUGGGAAAGAGACCACAAAGAGCUCUGGAUUUGGCUGGUUCAGCUGGUUUCGAUCAAAGCCUGCAGACAGCGGGUCCACCUCUGAAGAUGAAGGCUCCUCAGACAGUUCUGACUCAGAGGAGUCUCCAGGAGCAUCACCUCCUCGCCAUACUGGUCUGGGCCUCUCACAAACACCUCCUCUCGGUUCCCCGUCUCUACCGACUGCCAGCACCUUCUCUAGAGGCACAGGUGGGAGUACCCUCCAAGGAUCCUCAAACAAUAGUGGAGUAGCUAAAGAUGCUGGGACCGGAGGGUUCCUGGGGCCACAGGGUGUUUCUUCUGAGUUCUACUCCCAACCUGGUGUUCUGCCUCCUCCACCUACCUUGCAAGGCGCUGUUCCUCUCUACCAUCCAUCUCAGGUCCCUCAGCUUCCCACUGCUAGUAACCUGAAUCGGCCCAACCGCCUAGCCCAGCGCCGCUAUCCGACCCAACCAUGCUGAGAACGACCAUCUAUCCAGGGUGCAUGAGAGUGACCACCUCUCCAUCCUGGGUGCAUCCCCCAAGGCACUGCUAGUCUCUUGCUUUUCACUUUUCUGUGUUCUCCUCACCCUUGCUGCACGAGGGGUACCUGGAGGUAAAAGGCAGGAUCCCUCUAGACACAGCUUGGUGGACCAGUCUUUAGCCUAGCUUCCGAGUGAUGGGACUAUCUCAUCAGGUGGAGGAACAGGUGAUAAGGUCCGUGGUAGAGUGUCAUGGCAGCAGCACUUGAGGAGGAAGCUUGAGCAGCUCAGGAAAAUGAAAAUGGGGGCCAGAGAAGACACCCCUGGGCUUUGCAGCAUGGGCUUGGAGCAACAUCCCAGAAUAGCUUGGACUCCUUCCUUAGAGUUGCUUAAAGACCA